AUGUCACUCUCACGAGCUUUCACCACCAGGAGGGUCAAGACGGCCGUCGAGACGGGAGACCAGCCGGCCCAGGUACCGCAUCGAAGCAACUCGGCCCGCGAUAGGCAUCACCCAAUCUUGCGACACCAGAUUUCCGGUCCUCUUCAGCUUGUUCACACAACCAACAUGCUCUCCUACAACGCCCCCGACAUCCCUCUGCCGCACCCUUCUCUCCGAAAUAAGUCUUCGCUGCGAUCUGUUGGCGAAGACUCCGAGGCUCCUUCAACUACCGAGUCCACUCCGCCUACGAGUCCGGAUGUUUCUCCGUUGGAAGAGUGCCCAGUUCCUGCCCAGAACCAUCUUUCAACUUACUUCAUGGUAUCAGACAAGUCAGCCGUCCUGCCCAAGGUUUCUGAAGCUCCCGCAAUUCCCAAGCGAUCGCCUUCGCACACCAAGCAAAACUCUAUCGAUGCUCUCGCCCGCCAACGAUCAAUCUCGCACCUGUCCAGGGAUUCAGAGCAGUCAGUUUCCACCAAGGCUAGCUUUACCUUUUCACGGUCAUCAUCAACUUCGACCAGGGCGUCAUCAGCCUCAUAUGGCUCGACCAACCAAGCUCACAAGGUUCCUCCUGUUCCUGUCCCGGCAAUUCCUGCCGUCGUCCCAGUCCCUCCGCCAUCUUUCCAGCAACGAGUUCACAAGGACUCACAUCCCUUUGGCCAAGAAUUAGCACAAGUCACCGAGCUCGCCGAAGAGUACAGCGCCAAGCCUAUGUCUAAGCCGGUGUCGAAGCCGGUAUCCAGGGAGGACGAGGAGGACUUGCGAUACAUCAGGUCCAAAGGUCUAAACAAGUUCGCCGCCGAUGAUUAUCUGAGUGACGUUCAGAGUCUUAUUCUCAGCUUCUUCCCUGAGGUGUCACACGCCAAGCCAUCUACACCACAAUGGAUCUGA